AUGUUUAGCUUGAACUAGUAAUUGCAAAGAUUUUCUGCAAGCAAUAAGGAUAGAACAGAAAUGAGAGAUUAGCAAAUUGAAGAGGCAAAAACCUCCAAAGGCAAAAAGAGAGAUAAUUUAGUUUAAUCUACAUAAUUGCAAACAUAAGAUGACCAUCUUCCCAAGAGUAUUGAAAUAUAGGAUGAUAUGCAGUUAAAUAAGGAUGAAGAUAAGAAAGAUGAUAGACUAGGUGAAUAAAUGACGUAUUCUUAGGAGUAUUACAUUCUGCACAGAGAAGAGCUAAUGCAGAGAAAGAAAGAAAAGGAAGAGGAGGCUAAGUUCGGUGAUUAUUCAGCUAGACUAGUGAAAAGACCUCAAAAGAACUUUCUUUGGGGUUUCGGUACCUAAGUUAAUGAUGAAUCAGAUGAUUACUUUAGACCUGGGUAGUUGCCAACUAUCAGAGAAAUUAUAAGAUUCUUAGAGGCAUAUCAAAUGAAGGAUAUUACUGUAGUUAAUCUCAAAGCAACUGGUAGAGAUACUCAUGAAAACUAUGCAAUAGUCGCAUCAGGAUUCUCAAUCAAGCACAUCUAUAACAAUGCUAAGCUUCUAGUUUAAAAAGUUAAGGAGCUUAAGUGUCCAGAAAUCGUGAAUCAGCUUCAAGUGUCUGGUCGUAGAGAUGAAUCAUGGCUGUUGGUCACAGUAAAAGAAAUUUAGGUUAACUUUUUACUGCAUGAGUACAGGGAAGAAUUAGAUUUGGAAUUCAGAUGGUUAAACAGUCCUCCUCAAGAAAUGGUUAAUAAAUGGAAGCUCUAUGACAAAAUGGGCAGGAGAUCUGGAUAGAUUCAAAACGACAUUCAAUAGACUUCAUCCUCCCACACUUCAGGAGGAGGUCAUUAAAGAAAACCAUCAUUUUUCAAUAGCAAGAAAUCCUCAACUGCCCCAGCGGACAAUAACAAUGCUCAUGAAAAUGUAGUGACCACUACUACAAAUCAAACACAAAAUGUUCCAGUUAUUCAGAAAGAGGUAGUAUAAUCUCAGCCAAAUCAAGGGACUAGAGGGGAAUUAUCUAUGUUCAAAUAGCAAUAGCCCCAAUAGACAAAUAAUGAUUUUAUGAAAGAGACAAGCUUGAAUAAACAAAGAUUAGUGAACUCUUAAUUGCCUCAAUAUAAUGUCCAAGAUGGAGAGUUUAUCAAUUUCCCAGAAAUUACAAACCCCACAAUCUAAAAGCUUAAAUCUAAAGGAAUCACGAGUUUAUUCCCUAUCUAGAUGCAAAGUUUCUAUCCAAUAUAUAACAGAGAAGACUUGAUUGCAAGAGAUCUUACUGGAUCAGGAAAAACACUUGCUUUUGGCAUACCACUUAUCGAAUAUCUUAGGAAAAACAGGUUCUUAGGACAACGAAAAAUUUAGGCGAUAGUAUUAGCUCCCACAAGAGAACUCGCACUACAGGUACAAAAUGUAUUUGCUUAUUUGAAACAUUCUGAGAAUGAGUUCAGGACUUUAACAGUAUACGGAGGAGUCUCUAUUGAUGAUCAAACUAGAGAAUUAAGAUAUGGUGUAGAUAUCUUUGUAGGUACUACUGGUAGAGUAAGAGAUCAUAUUGAAAGAGGAAACAUCGAUUUUUCAGCUAUUAAGUCAAUUAUCCUUGAUGAGGCAGAUAUGAUGUUAGACUUAGGAUUCAAAGAUGAUAUAGAAUGGGUAAGAUAUUAUUCUACCAUUCCGAGAUGGGUGAAAUCUGUCGCCUAGUAAUAUCUAAAGCCAAACUAUCGUCUUGUAGAUUUGGCUUAAAAUUUGAAGAAUAAAACAGCUAAAUUAGUUUAGCAUUUAGCCAUUAACUUGAUAUGCUAUGGAGGUGAAGGAAGGUCUAUUGUUUUUACAUAAACCAAAGCUGAUGCUAAUUCACUUAUACUGUCAGAUAAGAUAAAACAAGAUAUUGAAGUAAUGCAUGGUGAUAUCGCUUAGAAUCAAAGAGAAGUAACGCUGAAAAGAUUUAGAGAAGGCAAAUUUCAUGUUUUAGUUGCUACUGAUGUUGCAUCUAGAGGCUUGGAUAUUCCAAACGUAGACUUAGUUAUUUAGGUUGAACCUCCUAAUGAUGUUGAAACUUACAUUCAUAGAUCUGGUAGAACAGCAAGAGCUGGAAAGAUGGGUAUAUGUAUCACUUUCUAUACUAAAUAAACUUAGCAAAUGAUACAAUAGAUUGAGGAUCAAGCAGGAAUCAAAUUCAAGAUUAUUGGCGUCCCUCAAGCUGAAGAUGUUAUAAAGGCUUCAUCGAAAGUAAUUCUAAAGAAUUUGGAAUUAGUAAAUAGUGAUGUUAUUCCUUUUUUCACAGAAGCUGCUAAGCAAUUUAUUACUUAAUGCUCUGGAGAUCCCGAAAAAGCGCUUUGCAAAGCUUUGGCUUACAUUUCAGGCCAUUAUAAAACUGCUCUUUAAAGUAGAAGUCUUUUAUCAGGCCAAGAGAAAUAAAUCACUCUUGAGCUAAGACCUUUAGAAGGUUCAUGGGUUAAUUCCUUGAAUACUUCAAUUUAAAUCUUUAAGAAAUUUUUCCCAUAAUAAAUGGUUGAUCAUAUUAAAGGAAUGAGAGCCAAAGCAAAUUAAGAGGGUAUUGUUUUCGAUAUCUAUGAAGAUCAAUGCGAGAGAUUUUUGGAAAUUAGUGCACAUUUGAGAGAAACAGAUUCAUCGAUUGACUUUGAAGUGAUAAAGUGCUUAGAAUUACCAGAACUAGAAAGCGAGGAUAGCAUUAAGUGGAGAGGAGGUCCAUCUAAUGACAAUAGAGGAGGCUAUGGAGGCAAGCAUAAUAGACAUUAAAGUUAUAGUUUUACUAAUAACAGCACAUUUAACCCAGCCUCAUUUAAACCAAAUGAUAAUGGAUACGGAGGUGGCCAAGGAUUUUAAAGACCUUAAGGGGGAGGAAGAGGUGGUUAUCACUCUAGACAACCUUCUGGAUCACAUUUCGGUCCUUAAUCACAUGGAAUGAGAACUUAAGGGGGUUCUAGAAGUUAUAUGGGAAGUAGGAAGAGUAGUAAUGUAGCUAAUGAUUGGGAUGAUAAAUCUAACUCCAAGCAAGACAACUUUGACAAAAAUUCCCAAAAUCUCAAUGACUUUGAUGUUAAAAUUCAAACUAAGCCUCCUUAGCAGCAAUCUAUAAAAUAAAACUUUUAGUAGAACAGAUCACAAGUCACAGGAGGCAAUUCUAAUCAGCCUCCAGGAAAUGAAGGCAGAAAGCUUUAUAUCGGAAAUAUUCAUUACUCAGUAAAAGAAGAAGAUAUCAGUGCAUUAUUUGACGACUACAACCUAUAAGUUGUCAAAUUCAGUUUGUUAAAGGACGAAAAGGGCAGACAUAAAGGAGCAGGAUUUGUAGAGUUUGAAACUGCAAAUGAUGCUGAGAUAGCUGUAAAUGAACUUGACUAAACGCCAAUGGGAAAUCAGCCUAUUUCUAUAGAGUACAUGAAAACAGGAAAAAGAUGA